AUAAUCUGAAAGAAAAUGUCUCUAGGAAAGCAUUAAUUCGAUGUUUUUCGAAGGAAAGGUCAAGCUCUGAAAUCGAAGGGAGCACGACGUGAUCUCUUAUCAAUGGCGACGACCGCGGGGUUUGGGUGGGGAGGGCGAGUAGGACUCAGCACUGUAAGGAGCAACAGAGGGACACUGAAUUCGAACAUAUACAGCAGCAAAGGUCAUGGAAUUAGAGGAAGAGUGACGCUAAGCAUGAGUCAAUCCAGCGCGAACAGGGCGGGUGAUGAGCAGGGCUUCGACACGGCGAACUAUGACGCAGAGAGGCUGAGACUCGACGCGGAGACACGAGCAAAUGUAGCGGCCGUUGCAGUGAUGGAGCAGGAGAGGUCAGGGCCUGGAGCUUGGAAGUGGGCGAUUCGUAAGCGCAUUUGGGACGCUUUAGAGGCCCAAAACGUUGCGGAACAACCCCGACCAGUGCACCAUCGCAUUCCUAAUUUCAAAGGAGCGGCCGCUGCUGCUGACAGGUUGGCUAGGCUUCCAGAGUUUCAAGCGGCUCGAUGCGUGAAGGUCAACCCCGACACACCUCAAAAGCAAGUGCGGUUCCUCACCUUGUCUGGAGGAAAGACGCUGUUAACGCCCCAGCCCAGGCUUCGGACAGGGUUUUUCUCAACGCUGGAAGCUGCAGACUUACCUGCUGGAGUCCAGAUAAUCGAAGCCUGCACGUCUGCUGGAGCAGCAAAGCAUGGAACGCCUGUAGGACUUGAUGCACCCUUGCGAGUGGAUCUGAUCGUCAUCGGCUCUGUUGCGGUUGACCCUUCCACUGGAGCUCGCUUGGGCAAAGGGGAGGGUUUCGCUGAACUGGAAUAUGGAAUGCUAAGAUACAUGGGGGCCAUCGAUGACAACACAUUGGUUGUCACUUCAGUUCAUGAUUUACAGGUAGUGGAGGAAGGCACAAUUCCUACUGAGAAAUUGCUGAUUCACGACGUCCCUGUUGACGUAAUUUGCACACCCACCCGGACCAUAUUCACCAACACUUCUAUUCCGAAGCCCAAAGGUAUAUACUGGGAGGUACUGUCGCCUCAGAAACUCGAGAAGAUCAGGGUUCUGCAGGUCUUGAAGAAAAUGAUCGAAGAGAAGACAAACCAGGUGCUGCCCUCGGGGCCUGACGAGGUUUUACCUCCGACUGCAGCGCGGAAGAAUACGUGGAGGAACACGCGGAGAUCGUCCGCCAAUACCAGACGUUGACGAUGACCCUUUCAAAUUCAAAAUACUGUAGUCAGCAUGUUAGUCGGAUUCUGGAAACUUCCGCCUCCUCCAGAACUCGUCCCUGAUCUGAAGAGAUGCCUCUCACGUACCGGUCUCAACCAACACCUGAACUUCCCUAACUGCUCAUCGUGGCUGCUGAAAGCUAGCAACGCAUUGCAAAUCACUCUGGAAGCUUCCCGAGUCUAUUAUCGUGCUUUCCUAGAGAAUGCCAUUCGUGGGAAGGUCUCAUUAAUUGAAUGGAGGCCACCGGAGAAGUUCUAUGCAUAAUCUCCCAAGUCUCUCAGAUAAAUGUUUCUUUUUUGGACAAGAUGGGGUUACAUCUGAGGCUGUUGAUCAUCCUGAACGGUGAUGCCGCUGGCGUACGCAGUGGAGUUUGAAAUCAUUGUGUAUUCGGCGUUUGAGGUCAUUGUGUUCAUUGUGUUCAU